AAUCGAUCAAAGCUAAUGCGAACAAGGUUUGGAGAAGUAAUAUUGUGUUCGGUUCUUCGUUUGUUUUUAUCAAGUGGUUAUAUAUAAUUAAUGAGCUUACUCAAAUAUUAAAAUACAAAUGUACAAUAUUACAAGUGCUGUAUAAUACGUAAAUUGACAUUAAUGUUUAAUUUAUUACAGUUACUUUAUAAAUUAUAAGAAGUGACUGUAAAAUGGACAAAUUAGUAUCGUCGGAUAUUGUACUCAUAGCUGGUAAUUCUCAUCCAGAGCUGGCUAAUCUUAUUGCCAACCGAUUAGGUGUCAAGCAUGGAGGAUGUUCUGUAUACCAUAAAUCGAAUCGUGAAACUAUGGUUGAGAUUGGAGAUUCUGUACGUAGUAAAGAUCUUUAUAUUAUUCAAACUGGAACAAAGGAUGUAAACAACAACAUAAUGGAACUUUUGAUCAUGGCGUAUGCAUGCAAGACUUCUUCUGCAAAAAAUAUUGUUGGUGUCAUUCCAUAUUUACCUUACUCUAAGCAAUGCAAGAUGCGUAAACGUGGUUGCAUAGUUUCUAAAUUAUUAGCAAAAAUGUUGUGUAAGAGUGGUUUAACUCAUAUAAUUACAAUGGAUCUACAUCAGAAAGAAAUACAAGGAUUUUUUGACGUUCCUGUGGACAAUUUACGUGCUAGUCCUUUUCUAUUGCAAUAUAUUCAAGAAUGUAUUCCAGAUUAUCACAAUUCAGUAAUAGUUGCAAGAAAUCCUGGCAGUGCGAAAAAAGCAACGAGCUAUGCAGAAAGAUUACGUUUGGGUAUAGCAGUAAUUCAUGGAGAGCAACGAGAAGCAGAAUCAGAUAUGAAUGACGGACGCUAUUCUCCUCCUGCUUUGGCUUCACGAACAAUGGAGGUUGGGGUUGGUGUCCCAAUGCAUCCUGCGAAAGAAAAACCACCAAUUAAUGUUGUAGGAGAUGUGGGUGGACGUAUAGCUAUUAUGGUGGAUGACAUGAUAGAUGAUGUUCAAUCAUAUGUAGCUGCAGCAGAAGUUCUCAAAGAAGGAGGAGCAUAUAAAAUUUAUGUUCUAGCCACACAUGGUCUUUUAAGCUCUGACGCUCCAAGAUUAAUAGAAGAAUCUCCAAUUGACGAGGUUGUUGUGACAAAUACAGUCCCUCAUGAUAUUCAAAAGAUGCAGUGCCCAAAAAUAAAGACUGUUGAUAUCAGUAUCCUGUUGGCAGAAGCUAUUAGACGUAUUCACAACAAAGAAUCUAUGUCAUAUUUGUUUAAAAAUGUCACUUUGGAAGAUUAAAAAGUCCGAUAAAACAAUGUGUCUUAAAUACAGUGAGUUUCUGUGUCCAGGGACCAUAAUCAAGACAUAUCCAUUAAGUUUUUUUAUUGUCUUAAAUAGAAAUGAACAUACUAGUCUAUUUUAAAGAUAAUUGAGUUGUUUAAAAAUUUCUAACUAGUUUCAUCUAUCACAUACAUACAUUUCCUAACCAA